AUGUCGGUCAACCAAGUCCCAGCAAUGCCUUCGGACUUUCAGCUCAGACAAAUGGCCGGAUUCCGCCGCAGUGUCCUCUGCAGAGAUAUAACACAAGGCCUCCACAACCUUCUAGCCAAGAACAGAAAGGGUGGUGCACCAGAACACGAUUCCAUGCUGCAGCGCUACCACAUUGUUGAAAUGGGGCGCAUGACGCCCAAACUAGGAGUGGACAUGAAGUGGGAUACCUGUGACCGAGAGCCCGGCGUCGGAUGCUGCCAUGAUGAUCUCAUGUGCUUCGACCCAAACGAGUGUGCGGUCAGGUAUAUGGAUAACUUUUGUCGAAGAAAGUACGCUUUCUGUACGUAUUUUGUUGAGUGCAGCCAGGCCAACAUGGUCUUUGGUUUGUACAAAGAUUGCAUCCCCUCUCAGUAUUCAAAGGGGUGGUUGAAUGCGGUCACAAACAUAUUUGGUACCUUGUACACUGCCAGGCUGGCCAACAAGGAAUGGGAUCUGACGGUUCACGGAGUUCUGUACAAGAAUUGCUUGGAGGGUUUUCAGAUGUUUGCCAAUGAUCUUUUCCAUGAGAUUAUGGCUGCUAGGACGAGGGAAAACAUGGGAGGAUUCUGUUCAGGAAGACGGCAGUUGUCCGAAUAG